GGCUCACAGCGCAACCAUGCAUCGCAACGCUACCACCGUCCUCCUGCCGCUCCUGCUAAUGGCUCUUCUCUUCCCAGAGUCAUGGGCGCACACCUACUACUACGACUUCUCGAAUAACCUGGAAAUUUGGAAUUCCAGUCGCGGGUCGUGGCGCUGGUCUUCAAGGAGCGCCCUCGACACCACUCUACCAGCUGGCUCGACGACUGAUGGAUUUGCUAUUCUAGAUGUUAAUGCAAACAGCGACGAAAUGUAUUCUCCCUGGUUCUCUGUACCCAAUGGAGGGACGUUCACCAUGAAAUUCUACAUACGUUCAGAGUGGACCGGAUCCAACGACUUGAAAGUCGACCUGUAUAAGGAGGGCGACCCUGAUUCGUCAGUGUUCCUCAAACUUCAGUCAUACUCCAAGCCAGACUCUUACGAAUGGUUCGUUGUGGCCAAGGACAUCGAAUCCCAGACCGAAAGAAUAAGAAUGGAGAUCUUCUGUUAUAACGGGAAGAAGGCUGGCAAUGGAGAACCUAUGUAUGGCUGCGCUAUUGAUACCGUCACUUUCGUGCCAUAUGGUGAUCCGACUGAAGCCCCGACUGUUGCCCCAACUGUAGCUCCGACUGUAGCUCCGACUGAAGCCCCGACUGUUGCCCCAACUGUAGCUCCGACUGUAGCUCCGACUGAAGCCCCGACUGAAGCCCCGACUGUUGCCCCAACUGUAGCUCCGACUGACGAAGUUCCGACUGAAGCCCCGACUGAAGCCCCGACUGUUGCCCCAACUGUAGCUCCGACUGAAGCCCGACUGAAGCCCCGACUGUUGCCCCAACUGUAGCUCCGACUGAAACUCCGACUGAAGCCCCAACUGAAGCCCCGACUGUAGCUCCGACUGAAGCUCCGACUGUUGCCCCAACUGUAGCUCCGACUGAAGCCCCGACUGAAACUCCGACUGAAGCUCCGACUGAAGCCCCGACUGUUGCCCCGACUGUUGCCCCGACUGAAGCUCCGACUGAAGCCCCGACUGUAGCUCCGA